UUGCCAGGGGAAGCUGUUGCCGCCAGAGCCGUGAGAUAUGGCGGCGAGGAGGGGCUGAGCUGUCAUCUGUGCGGGCUUUGUGAGAGACUAACGGCCGGAAGGAGCUGAGGACAGAAGUGACCGCCGGAGAGAACAAUGGAGCCGUAUGAAGAAUUCUACAAGAAGCAGUUUGCCAGAUUACAAGGGCAGGCGAUUUCCACCGAACCCGCCGCUGCCAAUCCGCAGAGGGUGUCCGUCAUUCAGUUUCACGGUGUUGCGGUCCUCUCUCCCUUGCUCACGGUGGAGAAAAUGCAAGAAAUGCAGCAGCAUCGGCAAAAGGCCAUUGAGGUGAAUGAGAAGCGGCUGAUCAGCAGGAAGAAAUCCUUACUGAACCGCGUGCAGGAGAUCCUGGACACCGUGCAGGUAAAGACCGUUUCGAGUUUCGAGCCCAAUGCAGAGAAUCAGAAUUUAGAUCAAAGCUCCCCUCUGAAAAACAUGAAUGGCUUUGCCAUUCUUCCAAAUGCACUUCACUUUCCAGUGUUCUCUGCCCAAAAUGGGCCUGCAAAGUUUGAGAAAUCGGCGGAAGACCUGAUUUCCAAAAAAGAGCUAAAACUCACGGAGAAAAUCACUACUAAGGAAUGUAAAGACUGUACGUCUGUGACACAGAACAAAACCCCUACGGCAGACAGUGCAAAGGUUGUAUCCACAGAGGGCGCCGACGGCUCAGUUCCAGAAUCCCCACCAUGCGAUCUACCACCUACCACCAAGGAGGCUCCAGAUCCUUACGUGAUGAGCUUACAAAACCUCUUGAAGAAGUCGCGGGAGUACAUUGAGCAAAGCAGAAGAAGCAUGAAAGGCAGCUCGAAGGGAGCUUCUACUGAGAGUCAUUCGGACAAGGAAAACGAUACUAUUAAAAUUAGUGACUCUAUAAAAGAAAAGACUAGACUGGCACAUAGAAGUCGAAGCUCCAGCCCUUUGAUGGUUGACAAGCCAAUGUUAAAUAAGUCCAAUACCCUGUUACAAGCUGCCUUAUCUCAAGGUUCUCCACCAACGUUCUCCAAAGUGGAUGUUCCUUCAAGACAGGAAAUGUCCUCUGGUGCCGAGAACGAUUCUGAUGAAGAACUUCGAAGUGGAUAUUUGCUCGACUAUGAAAGUAACAUGAUUAAAAGCCUUACUGGUUCUUAUGCCAAACUACCAAGUCCUGAGCCAAGUUUAAGCCCCAAAAUGCACAGAAGGAGACCCAGGCCCUUAUCGGCCGGGAACAUUGUAAUAAACCACCCAGUAAAUGCCUAUGAGUUAAGCCCUAAAGAAAAAGGUAAAAUUAUGGACCUGAGCCACCCCGAAACAAAUGAAAAAACGCCAUUUUCUGACUUUGUGCCAAAAGAUGUCGAUAAAGUAAUCCCAUCUUCCAUGAAAAGACAUUCCUUCAGUGAAAAUCUCGACCUCGUCCCGAAUUGGAACAGACACUCGAGAAGUAGCUCAAAGAUGGACCCUGACAACAGAAUCAUUAACUCAAGGACUGUCACUGUCCAGUGCACAAGUCCUUGCUCUGCAAACACACUGGAUGGGAGCGUCUUAAGCCACCAUGUUGACCUUCCGACCCCAGCGUCGGAUAAUGUACAGAAGCCAUGUGUUCCUUUGGAGAUGGUGAAGCGAAAUUCACCUGCAGAACUUAAUAAGUCUUACGAUGUGGAAACCCCAUCUCCUAUUUUAAUGCAAAGCCAGAGUACAACGCAAGCCUCUGACACACCUAACGUGUCCUCCACGAGGGGGCAGUUCAUUGAGGACAACCUUGACGUUCAGGUUAAGCGGCGACUUGAUCUGGAUCUGGACAGCACACAGAGCGAACACUCGCCCGUGCCAAGUGAGGAGGAGAAAAGGUGGCUUCAUGAGAGGAGAAAUCGCAGUGGGUCCCUCGGUGCAUCCAAGAGUGAGAUGUUACUGAAUAGCACAUUAGAGGAUAACCUGAAGAAGAAGAUGUUGGCUUUUGAAGAAAUGAGGAAGAAACUGGAAGAACAGCACGCUUAUCAGCUGUCACUGCUGAUGGCUGAACAGGAAAGGGAGCAGGAGCGGCUUCAGAGGGAGUUUGAAGAAGAAGGAAGAAGUCUGAGGGUCAAAGGUGUCGACCAGCCUUCUGCACAAGCUGGUUUGGAUAGUAGCAGGAUGAGGCCUGACUUGGUCAGUAUAAGUGAAGGCAGUCCACCUGAGAGUCAUUUUGACAAUAGUCACUCCGUCAGCACAGUUGGAUCACUUAUUGCUCCUUCGCAGCAUAGUUAUGCUUCUACAGUUGAGUCAUCAUUCAGUCUUUGGGGAUCAGCGGAGAGAAGAGCACCAAAAAUAUCAGCCUCAAGGCCCCUUAACAGACCAAAGACCAGAUGGUCUCAGGUUUACAGUCCACAAAUGCAAAGAAAAUUUAGUAAAGUGACGGCACUGGCCAAAGGUUUUCUUACACGAAGAUUAAUGCAGACCGAGAAGCUAAAGGCUCUAAAGCAAACAGUGAAGGAUACUGCAGAAUUCAUCCGAUCAUUUCAUACUGAGUUCCAGCCAAGCAGAGGACUUGUGUCUGUCCAGGACAUUUCAUUACAGGAAAGAGUCAUUGCUCAGCUGCGGGCAACUCUGUACGAAAUCCAUGAUAUCUUCUUUGAAAUGGAUGCUGCAGAUAGGAUGAGUAUUCUGACUCAUGACCGGGAGCUGCGGCGAGAAAAGAUGCUCCGACAAAUGGAAAAGAGCCCUCGGGAUAGAAUGACCCUUUCAUCAGCAACUCAGAAGUCUCUGGAUAGGAAAAAGCUUACCAGGGCAGUAGAAAUUGGAAUGUCAAAUAGGAAACCUAUAUCAAAACCCAAAGCCUUGGAUUCCAGAAUCCUUCAGCCAAGUCAAGGGCAGAAUGCACCUAUCAAUAAACUGCUUUCCAGGCAAGGGAGUAUCUGCAAUAAGAAUCCCAAGAAAGAAGCCAAGUGUUGUGACAAUUUACGGAGACAGCAUUCUCUGGGAUGAAGUAGAAUUGACUUAUUUUGUACCAUUUUGUGUCGCUGUCGAUUGGAUUUGCAUCAUCACUAAUACACAUUUGGACGCUGAUGUUGAUAAUCCAGAGCUUCAAAGUUUCUACUUUGCUUUUCGUUUGCAGGAUAGGCAGUGCUGCUUAGCUGUACACUCCUAAAGAUUUGCACAUUUUUACACCUAUACUACUAUUGGUAGGUGGUUUUGACCUUGAAAAGUUAGAAAAUUAAAAGGGUUCCGAUGAACCAAGAUGGACUGGGGUGUUCAUGAACCAUGAAAAAUCCGAAAAGUGUCAUUUCCUGCUUUUGAAUGUUAGGUGUUUUGUUGAAAUCUAGCAGUUUUAGUGAAAACACUAUAUACAUUAUCAUCUUUCAGGAGCCCAAUUAAAGGGGUUGUCCGAGAUAAUAAAAAAUCUCAAGCAAUAUAUGUAAUGUUAGAUUAAAAAAAAUCAUAUACUUAUCCCUUUCUCUGGGCCCUCCUACUUUCUUUGUCUCAAACCCCAUUGGUGACGUGCCUGGAUAUGGCACGUGACCGCUGCAGCCAAUCACUGGUCUCAGCUGAGGACAGUGAUUGGCUGCAACGAUGAGUUGGCACAUACAUGCGUCUCGCCAACUACGGUGACAUGCCUGGAUUUGGCACUUCAUUGCUGCAGCAAAUCACUGUCCUCAGCUAUAGACGGCAGAGGGCAUUCAUUGGCUGCAGGUGCCAUAUCCAGGCUCAUCGCCAAACAGCAGCGGGAGUACCGGAUGAGCGCCACAGAGAAUAGCGCUGGAAUAAUGGGCGAGUAUAGGAUGUUUAUUUAACGCAUUGUAGGGUUUGCCUGAGACAAAUUAUCUUGGACAUCCUACCUUUUGGAGAAUAUUCAGGAGGAGCCCCUAAAACUUGGAGCAUCACAGUCAGUAACCCUAGAAAAACUGAAACACACACACACCAUAAUCCCUCCUUUUGCGAGGUUAUGGUGUCUAGAGGGCAGUCUCUUUCAGUGAGAUGCAUAUGAAGGAAGACUGUAAAUCAUGAAGUGAGACUGCCCUCAAUAAACUCCUUACUAGCAGGGAUUUGGAGGUGUACUGAAUCUCGGCUCCUUCUUGCUCGUAGAUGGAGCAGCAGGUCCAGUAAUCCAGACCUACCUUAAAUAAAUCCUGUUAGAAUCCUUUUUUUUAGUGCGGGCAUCUAUUAGUAGCUCAGUGGGUGACCUUCUGAAUGGUGUACCAGAGCCGUCUGUCUGUGUGAUCAGCUUAUCACCCCGGCUCCGCUCUCAACACCCCCAGCAAACAGCUGAGUUUGCCAGCUGAAGCUGCGGCCAACCUGGCAUUUCUUCUGCAAAGUCUGCUGCAGGGUAAAUGUAGCAUUAUAUGUCGGCCAUUAAGAUUCAUAGCCUUCUUUGUAAGUCCUUUCUAUGGGGGUCCUCUCUACGAUGUCCAUAUGCCCUAAUAUAGGAUUUGGACUGGCACUGUCUUCACGAGAAAACCCCUUUUAAAGAGGACCUGUCGGCUCUCCUUACGUGUCCGUUAAUAUAAAGAUUCGUGUUCCCCUUAAAGGGGUUAGGUCAUUAAUAUCACAUCAGUGGGGGGGCUGACAUCCGGCACACCUGCCGAUCAGCUGUUUUGGGCAGCCACUGGCUCUGUGAACUAUACAGUGGACAGAAGGCUCCGUCCACUGGUGUUGUUUCCUAUACCAGUGUACUGCAGAUCAGGUUCCAUUCACUUGAAUGGUAGGUGAACUGUGAUACUCUGGUGCAGCUGAUCAUUGGGGGUGGUGGGAGUCGGACCUCCACAGAUCGGAUAUGACCAACCCUGAAAGGUAGGUCAUCAAUAUCUAAGUACUAGAAAACCCCUUUAAAAUAGCAACCAUUCUGGAUCCUCUUUUCUUAGAAUUGUUUAUAGCUCCUGUUUGAUAUGUUCUUCUGUUAUUCCUCCUGGAACUGUAUGAAUACAUUUGACAACUGGAUGUUACCAUUUUCUUUGUCAGUAUGGCCUGUUCGUACACACUAACUGGGUUAACAGGGUCAGACGGUGUAGAGACAUUGGGGGGGGGGGGGGGUUUAUCAUUCCCAUUGCCCCGGGAAAAUAUUGAUUUGGUACAUGCCAAAUGAAUAUUUACAUGAUACUUUGCAGAAACGGAUACGGUUAGCUAUGUUAAUUAAUCAAGGGCUAAUUUUUAAAAAGGCGCAAUCUCAUUUCAGUAGGAGAGGUGGCGUACAGAAACUGGAGUACUCAAGAGUGUUAUGUGAAAGAUGCGCCAAAUUUAUCAAACGCCGCGCACCAUUGGAUGUAUCUGGCACAAAUUUCAGCGACUCAGAAUCAAAGCAAAACCGACCAAAAAAAAAUCCAAUCAUGAUAAAUCCAUGUAUUCCCACUUUUCCGGCAGGCAUAACAGAGGUAUGGCGCCACGCAGGGUCCUAAGAUGCUCUAUAAUCAUUUCACAGGGAUUAAAAGUAAUUACUAAAACAGACGUCAGGAGAGGUGACAGAUCUGCUUUAUAUCGGCCCCGUUUCACAGCAGAAUAAUUCUGGGCUUUACUGUAACUCAUUCAUUGCUAUUUCCUGGCAUGCAGGGCUCCUCCUAAUGGAGGUAAGUGAAAGCAGGUUUAUUGAAGGUUUUAUAUAUAUAUCUAUCUAUCCUGUUUGUGCCGUCUGCCUUUUUACAUUCUACUUUAUAUUUGUGUUUCUAUUUAUGCUACUUAUUUGAUGUUUAUUACUAUAUUCAUCCAAAAUUGCUGUGAACCCAUCUGAAAAAAAAACCGAAGACGUUCCUUGCACUGUUAUAAGGAGACUUGGUUACAUGCCUAUUUCACUGAAUAGAACUUGCGUACUGUCUUAACGCAAAUUCUCACUACUUCCACAAGCGCACAUACUCCUAUUUUGCUGGUUUUACUCUAUGGUGUAUUCCAAGCUGAUAAAACAUUCAUCUACUAUAGUUCUGUUUGAAGUAAGAGACUUACGGUAAUAUUCAUAGUACAUUGAGGCCUGGUUCCCAGGAACGUCCUCGUUUUGUGAUGCUGUCUACGGUGAAUGUGACGACACGUCUGCUUUAUAUACUCACGUUUUUCUAUGAACAUUUGUACAAGUUCUGUUAUAUUUUUUUUUUUUUCUCCCCAAAAAGGGCAGACCCCCAAACUUCAAUCUCCUGGUGGCCUUUUUAUUUCUUUCCAAGUGCCAGAGCGUUUCGAUGUACAUUGUAUUUUUAUUUAUACGUAUUUAAUUUACAGCUGCAUGCAGAUCGGGUUUCUUUUAUAAAUUGUAUUUAUUUUUGUACAUUAUUUUGUAUGGUUUUUGU